AUGGCUGCCGCCCAUCUAGAGUACAUCGCCGCAGGAGGCAACAGACACCCAUGCGCCGCAGAUUGGACAGAGGAAUUGCUUGCAUAUGGAAGUGGUCAUAACAUCGCCAUCUGGAGACCUGAAAUCAACAGCCACCAGGGCGUUGAGACGCUACUUGCAGCCCAUACCGACAUUGUUAAUGCGGUCAAGUUGUCCAGAGAGCCAACAUCAGGAAAGCGAGUUUUGAUCAGUGGCUCAGCUGACAAGACCAUCUGUAUCUGGAUCGAGAAGACCGAUGGGAAAUUUGAGUUGGUCAAGCACUUGACAGAACAUACUGCUUCUGUCAAUGUCGUUGGUGUUUUGCCCGCGGCUGGAGUAUUUGCUACUGGAGCCGCUGAUGCAACAUUAAAGAUCUGGAAGUUGCGUGUGACUGAGACAGAGGUCGAAGUCGAUAUUAUCCAAAGUAUCACACUUUCGCCUCGCUACUUCCCUCUAGCGAUCGCACUGGCCAAACUUCAGAGUGGUCAACUCGUGAUUGCAGUAGGUGGCACCAUGGCGAACAUCCAGGUUUACAUGCAAAACAAUGAUACUUUCUCACUCGCGGCCAAGCUCACUGGACAUGAAGCCUGGUAUAUUCGUCUCUGGCGCUUCCAUGCUGGCGAAGAGCUCCCUGAAGUAGCAGCUGCAGCAAGCGACCCAGCCAUGACUGUGUUUGGCCGCUCGCUGUCCAACAAAGCCCAUUGGAUUGGAGAGGGAGACUCGAAACACUCUAUUACGUUUGAAGCUCUGUUGAUUGGACAUGAGGAUUGGAUCUACACGGCUCGCUGGUUUACAAAAUCUGCACAAGACGCAGCGCCACAACUUCUUACUGCAUCAGCAGAUAACUCCCUCGCUAUGUGGGAGCGUGACGCCGAUGGUUUCUGGACCUGCGCGACUAGACUGGGAGAGAUCAGUGCACAGAAGGGAUCGACCACUGCAACGGGAAGUACAGGUGGUUUCUGGAUCGGUCUGUGGUCUCCCUCUGGCAACACAGUGGUCAGUCUGGGAAGAACAGGAAGUUGGCGCUCCUGGUCUUACGAUACUGUUGAAGACCGUUGGUUGCGCGAGCUUGGGAUUUCCGGCCAUGUGCGUGCGGUCAAGGACAUUGCAUGGUCAAACGAUGGCACUCAACUCAUGUCCACCAGUUCAGACCAGACAACUCGCCUCUUUGCUCAAUGGAAGCGCGACGACGCAACCACAUGGCACGAAAUGGCACGUCCCCAGAUCCACGGCUACGAUCUAAACUGUCUAUCUGCAAUCGGCGCAACCCAAUUCAUCUCAGGAGCAGAUGAAAAACUACUCCGCGUGUUCAACAAGCCCAAGGCAGUGGCCCACCUCCUCGCCAAACUCGGCGGUACCGCUGAAGACGCAGCAAACGCAGACCUCCCCGACGCAGCAAACAUACCCGUCCUCGGUCUCAGCAACAAAGCCAUCAACGCUCUAACCCCCGAAGAGGAAGCCACCGCCGAACCCUCCGAAGAAACUACCAUCACAAAAUCCACAUUGGAUCUCUCACACCCGCCAUUUGAAGACCAUCUCGCCCGCCACACUCUCUUUCCAGAACUCGAGAAACUGUACGGGCACGGAUAUGAGAUUUCCUGUGUGGCUGCUAGCAACGAUGGCACUUUGGUCGCUACAGCUUGCCGUGCCAGUUCUAUCGAUCAUGCGGUGAUUAGACUCUACGAAACCAAAGAGUGGAGAGAAGUUAAACCGCCAUUGAGUGCUCACUCUCUAACCGUUACCUCCCUCGCUUUCUCUGCAGACGACAAGUAUCUCCUGAGUGUUGGUCGCGAUCGUCAAUGGGCACUGUUCUCCCGCGCUGAAGCCAACACCUACUCACUUGCAACCUCAAACCCCAAAGGCCACAGCAGAAUGAUUUUAUCUUGUUCAUGGGCUGGAGCUUCUGCGUUUCACGUCUUUGCCACCGGUGGCAGAGACAAAAAUGUAAAGAUUUGGGCUGUGGAUGCUUCCUCUGAGGGCUUAACCGCAGACCUCAAACUCGCUAUCCCUACUUCUGCACCCGCUACUUCUGUUGCUUUUUACACUGGCAAUGGUGCAGCUUCUGCUACCGUUAUCUUGGCUGCGGGCACUGAAGAUGGUAGUGUUACUGUCUUUGUUAUCAGCAUGGACGAUUGGUCAGUCAAGCACACUUGCAAAAUUGAGGAGCAUAUGCAACCAUCCGCUGCCAUCAAUGCGCUGAGAUGGCGACCGCAAGUGCAAGGAGAGCAGACAAAAGCACAACUGGCUGUCGCGAGUGAAGAUCUCAGUGUUAGAUUAUUUGGGUUCGAGAACUUGAUUGAUUAA